GGACUGUAUAGAAAAUUGCACAAUCGUGGGAAAUUCCAAGACACCGUAUAGUGGAUCCAUGGAUGGAGAUACUUGACAGUGCGUUGCAAUGUAAGUGCAUCGGAUCAAAGGAGCUUUCUUAGUCACCCAUCACUCUGGUAAGGUUUGAAGACAUCAUGAAGUCUCUACCCAGGCUGACCAAGGCUGUGAGAGUGUUCGCUUCUGUGACUGCAGGUGAUGAAGUCCCAGAUGGAGGAGAGAUCAGCCUUGCUCAGAAACGGAUUUAUCAGUCACAAAGGAAAGCAAAACAAGGUCUGACUUGGAGAGAGCUUGGUGAAGCCAUCUUGCAUCAUACAUCAGCUAACAAAAGUGAGGUCACCGGAACAUCGCGAAAUGUUAUUCAGCUUGCAAGGAGUGUUGCUGGAGCAGAUGCGAGUCCUGAGGAAGUAUCGGCAACAGCAGUAUGCUUCUGUGAGAUCCUAUACGAGUCUGAGUCACUGGGACAGUAUGAAAUACAGGCAGUGCGCUCCAAACUCGGCACAUGCCAACAAGAUCUCCUGGUGAAGAUCCAGCAUGAGAUCCAGGUCCUCGUUUCCCACGUCCCUGGAGAGGUCCUGAGGGCGCUGUUCAAUCCUAGCACAUCUGAGGAGGAGGAAAAUGCCAAGGAAUUUGGUCAUGGCUAUGGGUUCUCGUUCGACGAGAGAGCCAUAGACACAGAUCACUUCUUGAGUGCUGACCCGGAGCCUCGCCCUCCGUCUCCGGCGCUCAACGUCCAGUUCAGCUUGAACAAUGCAGCUGUGUCUCUUAAGGCGAGCGAACCUAGUCCCAAGGAUGGGGAAGGGACCAAAGGAUUACAGCCUAAUGCCCAGAUGGAGUGGCUGGAGAAGGAGGUGAAGAAGUCGGUAGGAAGUGAAGGACACAGUGCAAUCGGUCUGACAGUGGAUGGCUUGUGCAGCAAGCUUCUGGUGGAAUUGACCUCUGGCAAGACGAAUGAUGAACUCCAGACGGAUUUGUUUGACUUGUUAGGGUUUGACUGUUUUGAGCUGAUACAGCAGCUCCUUGCCAGGAGAACUGAUCUUGUAGCAGCAGCCACACAGGCCAGCAUGGCCAGGAUAGCUGCAGAUAGUCGUAGAGAGAGGCAUGGCAAUCAGAAGCCUUCCUAUGCCACCCAAGUCACAAUCCAGUCGGAGAGGGAUAAAGAGCUGGAGAAAGCCCUGAGGAAAGAAGAAAAGAAAAUACUUAAGAAAGAAGCCAAAUCUUCAGGUGGAGGAGGAGAAGAAGGAGGAGGAGGAAGCGAUGAAGCGUUUGAUCCUCAAUACCUAAAGGCACAGAGAGAAAAGGCGUUGAAAAAUGCCAAACGCACCCCUCUCUUCACCUCCAAGCUGGGGCUAGAACGAUCCAGCGGCGCACCCAAGGAGUUCUAUCCUAACGUCUACGACUCUCUUGCUACAGCACAGUUGUCCUCAUCGUUCAUAGCAGGUGCCAAGAUGAUGUUACCAAUUGGCGCUCAGAAGUCAGCCACCAAGCUCUAUGAAGAGGUUAUCAUACCCCCAGCAGACCAAGCCCCUGUCGGUGUGGGGAAGAAUCUCAUCCCAAUAUCACAGCUUGAUGAGAUUGGGCGCAUCGCAUUCAAGGGAAUGAAGAGCCUAAACCGUAUCCAGUCAGUGGUCUUUGAGACAGCGUACAACACCAAUGAGAACCUUCUGAUCUGUGCCCCUACUGGUGCGGGUAAGACCAACAUUGCCAUGCUGACCAUCCUGCAGGAGGUCAAGAAACAUAUUCAACAAGGGGUCAUCAAAAAGGAUGAAUUCAAGAUUGUAUACGUGGCUCCCAUGAAGGCUCUAGCAGCCGAGAUGGUGAGGAACUUUGGAACCCGUCUAGCGCCUCUUGGUCUGUCUGUGAAGGAGCUUACAGGAGACAUGCAACUUACUAAAAAUGAAAUCAUGAAAACACAGAUGUUGGUGACCACUCCAGAGAAGUGGGACGUCGUCACACGUAAGAGCACUGGUGAUGUCGCCCUCACACAGCUGGUCAAACUCCUCAUCAUCGACGAGGUCCAUCUCCUUCAUGAUGACCGUGGGGCUGUGAUCGAAAGCCUGGUCGCUCGCACCUUGAGACAGGUUGAGUCUUCCCAGAGCAUGAUACGCAUCAUAGGUCUCUCCGCCACCCUUCCCAACUACGUGGACGUGGCGCGCUUCCUCAACGUCAACCCCUACAUCGGACUAUUCUUCUUCGACACCAGGUUCAGGCCGGUACCCCUGGGCCAGACCUUCAUCGGGAUCAAGACGCCAAGCAUCAUGCAGCAGAGGCGAGAUAUGGACCAUGUGUGCUACGAGAAAGUGAGAGAGUUGGUGGACAGAGGCCAUCAGGUAAUGGUGUUUGUACACGCCAGGAAUGCCACCGUUCACACCGCCAUGUACCUACGUGAGACGGCCAAGGGUAACGGGGAGAUCGGCAUGUUCCAACCUCAGCAGACACCAGAAUUUGGGUCAGCCCUCAAACAGACAAUGAAAUCUCGGAACAAGCAGAUGCGAGAGCUCUUCCCCGAUGGAUUCUCCAUCCACCAUGCCGGGAUGCUGAGGCAGGACAGGAACCUGGUAGAGAGGUUCUUUGCUGCUGGUCAUCUCAAGGUGUUAUGCUGUACGGCUACAUUGGCCUGGGGUGUGAAUCUACCUGCUCAUGCUGUUAUCAUCAAGGGCACGCAACUCUACGAUGCCAACAAGGGUGCCUUCAAGGACCUGGGAAUCCUGGACGUCCUUCAGAUCUUUGGACGUGCGGGGCGCCCUCAGUAUGAUAGCUAUGGAGAGGGUUUCAUCAUCACGAGCCAUGAGAAACUCAAUCACUACCUGAGUCUUAUCACAAGGCAGAACCCCAUCGAGAGUCAGUUCAUCAACAGUCUGGCAGAUAAUCUCAAUGCAGAGAUCGCACUUGGGACAGUGAGCAAUGUGGAAGAGGCUGUACGAUGGCUGAGCUACACUUACCUGUACGUGAGAAUGCACCUGAACCCCAUGGCAUAUGGCCUCAUGUACAAAGACACACAGAAUGAUCCAGGCCUGGCCAAGUUCAGGAACGACCUGAUCAUUACAGCGGCCCGCAGCCUGGACAAGGCCAAGAUGAUUCGCUUCGUGGAGCACACCGGUGACCUUCAUUCCACCGACCUUGGCAGGGUCGCGAGCCACUUCUACAUCAAGCACGCUACCAUCGAGAAGUUCAACGAGAUGAUGAAGUCGGUCAUGAGUGAGGCUGAGGUGUUCUCUAUGGUCUCACAGGCACAGGAGUUUGAACAGAUCAAGGUUCGAGAGGAUGAGAUGCGAGAGCUUCAGGACCAUCUUGAGGAUGACUGUGAGAUGCCUGCUGCUGGUGGAGUAGAGAAUGCUCAUGGUAAGGUCAACAUCCUCCUCCAGACCUUCAUCUCUAGGGGCAACGUGGAUAGCUUCUCACUCGUCUCAGACUCAGCAUAUGUUGCACAGAAUGCAGCCCGUAUAAUCCGAGCCCUGUUUGAGAUCACCCUGCGUACAGGCUGGCCCCUGAUGGCAGCAAGCCUCCUCAUGCUGUCCAAGUCCAUCGAUAGACGUCUCUGGGCCUGGGAGAACCCUCUUAGACAGUUCUCUGUGCUCUCUCAUGAGAUACUACGCAAACUAGAGGGCAGGAAGCUUACCGUAGAUAAGCUCAGAGAGAUGGACUCCAAGGAAAUAGGGUUGAUGGUCCACCAUGUCAGCAUGGGCUCCAAGAUCAAGAGCUGCGUGCACCAGCUACCGGCCAUCAGACUCGACGCCUCCAUCCAGCCCAUCACGCGCACCGUGCUACGGGUGCGUCUCACCAUCACGCCGGACUUCACAUGGAACGACAGGGUGCACGGUACCGGCUCAGAGUCAUGGUGGAUCUGGGUGGAGGACCCUGAGAACAACCAUAUCUACCAUUCAGAGUACUUCCUUCUGCAAAAGAAACAGGCCCUAAGUGGAGAUGAUCAAACUCUGGUGUUCACCAUUCCAAUCUUUGAGCCUCUACCCUCCCAGUACUACGUGAAGGCUGUAUCAGAUCGGUGGCUGGGAUCGGAGACUAUCUGUCCCAUCUCUUUCCAGCAUCUCAUUCUGCCUGAAAGACAUCCUCCACAUACAGAGUUGCUGGACCUUGUGCCUCUUCCUAAGACUGCCCUCAAGAACGCACAGUAUCAGAUGCUUCAGAAAUUUGACUACUUCAAUCCUAUCCAGACACAGAUCUUCCAUACCCUGUACCACACAGACCACAAUGUGUUGCUUGGUGCUCCUACGGGAUCAGGCAAGACAGUAGCAGCUGAGAUUGCCAUGUUCAGAGUGUUCAGAGAACAGCCAAAGACCAAGGUUGUGUACAUAGCACCGUUGAAGGCUCUGGUCCGAGAGAGAAUUACAGAUUGGAAAGUCAGACUGGAGGAGAAACUGGGCAAAAGAGUGGUAGAACUGACCGGCGAUGUGACGCCAGACGCCAAUGCCAUAGCUAGAGCAGACGUCAUCGUGACGACACCGGAGAAGUGGGACGGAGUGAGUCGAAGCUGGCAGAACAGAAACUACGUCAAGGCUGUCUCACUGAUCGUCAUUGACGAGAUCCAUUUGCUUGGUGAUGAGAGAGGGCCAGUCCUUGAAGUGAUUGUAUCCAGAACUAACUUCAUCUCUCACCAUACUGAUCGCAAGGUGCGAGUUAUCGGACUCUCCACUGCCCUCGCCAAUGCCAGAGACUUGGCCGAUUGGCUUGGCAUAAAGGAGGUUGGUCUGUUCAACUUUCGUCCCUCUGUACGACCCGUUCCUCUGGAGGUUCAUAUCAGUGGGUUUCCUGGCAAGCACUACUGCCCUCGUAUGGCCACGAUGAACAAGCCAACAUUCCAAGCCAUCAAGGUGCAUUCCCCGACCAAACCAACUCUGGUCUUUGUAUCGUCUCGUAGACAGACCAGACUGACCGCUCUAGAUCUCAUCUCCUAUCUAGCUGGAGAUGACAAUCCCAAACAGUGGAUGCACAUGGACGAACAACAGAUGGAUCAUCUCAUAGAGUCUGUGAAGGACAGUAACCUACGAUUGACCUUGUCCUUUGGUAUCGGUAUGCAUCAUGCUGGUCUGCACGAGAGAGAUAGGAAGACGGUAGAAGAACUCUUCUGUAACCAGAAGAUACAGGUCUUGAUAGCAACCAGCACCCUAGCCUGGGGAGUCAACUUCCCUGCCCAUCUGGUUGUAAUCAAAGGCACAGAAUACUUUGAUGGCAAGACCAAGAGAUAUGCUGACUUCCCCAUCACAGACGUACUUCAGAUGAUGGGUCGAGCAGGGCGCCCCCAGUAUGAUGACCAAGGAACAGCCGUCAUCUUGGUGCACGACAUCAAGAAGCACUUCUACAAGAAGUUCCUCUAUGAGCCUUUCCCUGUAGAGUCUAACCUACUGGAUGUACUACCCGAGCAUCUGAAUGCAGAGAUAGUGGCUGGUACGGUGACGUCCAAACAAGAUGCCAUGGACUACAUCACAUGGACAUACUUCUUCAGGAGACUCGUCAUGAACCCAAGCUAUUAUGAGCUGGAGGACACUUCUCAUGAAGGCAUCAAUAAGUUCCUGUCUGGGCUGGUGGAGAAAUCUCUGUUGGAUCUUGCUUACUCCUACUGCAUAGAGAUUGGAGAUGAUGACCGUACCCUUGAGCCUCAGACCUUGGGGAGGAUCUCGUCCUACUACUACCUUCAUCACAGGACGGUCCGUAUGUUCCAAGAGAGCUUAGGACCAGACUGUUCAUUCCCAGACCUCCUCACAAUACUAUCGGAUGCCCACGAGUAUGAAGGUCUUCCAGUGAGACACAAUGAGGAUUCUCUAAACAGCAAUCUAGCAGAAGGGCUUCCCUUGGAGGUGAACAAGCAUUCCUUUGACAGCCCUCACACCAAGGCGAACCUGCUGCUCCAAGCUCACAUGUCAAGAGCUCAGCUACCAUGCAGUGACUACUUCACUGAUACCAAGUCGGUGCUAGACCAAGCCAUAAGGGUUCUUCAGGCAAUGAUUGAUGUUGUAUCCUUCAACGGCUGGUUGGCGCCCGCACUGCAGACUAUGCACCUUGUACAGUCCAUCAUCCAGGCCAGAUGGUUUGAUGACUCUCCUCUACUAACCCUUCCUCAUGUGGAGCCUUCACAUCUCCAACACUUCAGGACAAGAGCAGGAGCAAUUGAAGGUCUACCGGAGCUAAUGGAUGCCUGCCACAAUAAACACUCCUUGAGGUCUAUGCUCAAGAACAAGCUGACCGAUCGACAAAUUGAUGAGAUAUGGCAUGUAGUGGAUAAGCUGCCAGUUAUCGAGGUUGGUCUCUCUAUGAACGGGUGGUGGGUGGAAGGUGGACAGCAAGAGAGUAAACGGCUACCUGCGACCUAUAUCCAUGGUCGAGCAAGAGAGAGUGACGUCACUAAGGUCCAUGCCGAUCAGCAGUAUGUUCUACAGGUGGAACUGAAGAGACGCAACAGAGGGAGGGACAACAAAGCCCAUGCACCUCGAUUCUCCAAGCCGAAGGAUGAGGGCUGGUGGCUGGUCUUGGGAGACGUAGAUAACAAGGAUCUACUUGCCAUGAAGAGAAUAGGGUUCAUCAGGGGUAGAUCAGUGGCUCAGCUCUCCUUCUACACCCCUGAGAGAUUAGGUCGUGUGAUCUACAGUCUAUACAUCAUGAGUGAUUGCUACAUCGGUGUAGAUCAGCAGUAUAGCGUAUGCCUGGAUGUCAUCGAAGCCAACAUCGAGACACAACUCAACACGGAGAUCAACCCAGACGGGCUGGACUCGGACUUGGAACUGGAAGCAGAAUUAAAUGAGCUGGACCUGGAUCAGUGAUCCCCCUCUUGUGGUCCGGGUUAUUCUGUAUCAUUCUUUCAUAGUCCUUUUGGUUUGGAUCAGAAUAUUGCAUUGGCUGGAGAAGAACAUAUUGUGUGGAACCAGGAAAGCAAGUUAACUGCCGUGUUCCACACUGAAAUAAUCCCAGGGUCCUGUCUUACAAAGAGUUGAUAUUAAUCGCAAAUUAUUUACGAUUGAUAUCAAUCUGAACUAUGUACAUAAGAGAUGAGAGUAAAAACUUGCAAUUGAUAAGAGGAACCAUCUCUUUGUAAGACUACAAAUUGGACUUGUACUUAGACCUGGAAACAGAACUCAAAGAGCUGGACCUCGAUCAGUGAUCACAGUCUUGUGGACUGAGAGUUCCUUUCAUAUGCUUCUUGGUUCAGAUCAGAUUGCUGCAAUUGUCUUCACCAGUGUGUCAGUUCCCGGUCCUAGAACAAGCUGCUAUAACCCCAACUAGUAGGCUUAUCCAACAUCCUGGUUCAUGUAUACAUUGUAAUAUCAGGUCCAGCUGGUCCAAUACAUGUGCAAUCAUCCUGGGUUUGGAGCCUACAUUUGUCAACUUCUCAGCUCAUAGGCUUUGUGCAUGCCUUUAUAUCUGUGAUGUGUCAUGGUAUGUUAUUCGUUUGUUUGGUUCGUCAUGUUGAGUAAUUAUAUAUUGAGAUUCCUUCAUGAGAUACAUGUAAUGGAAUUCUAUUUUUGUAUGAAACACUUGCGUUGCUCUGAACAUAAAAAUUGGAAAGGGAUGUAUUUGAGUUCAUGAAAUACUCCCUGGCAUGGCAAAGUAGAGAUUUUAUCAUACAUUAUUGAAAGGUCUCUCUCUCUUCCCCCCCUCUCCCUUUCCCCCCCCCCCCCCUCUCCCUUUUUCUCCCUCUUGCUCUCCCUCUCACUUUCUCUCUUUUUGAUAUAAGUGUAUUUUGAGCCUGUAGACUUCCUUAAUUACCACCUGCACUAUAAACUUUGUUAAUUGAAACAUGUAUACAGUGCAGUACAACUCCUUGCCUUUAAUAUUUCUGUGCCUUCAUAUUAAAUUCACGAGAGGAACUUUUUUGUCCGAUGAUAACCUGCAAUGAACAAUAAGUUGAAUAAUUCUAUUGAAGUAUAUCAUAUUAAUUACAAUACAAAAUAGAAGACCAUUUAUAGGCUUGUUGCUGAUGCACCCUUGUAAAAGUAAAGGGUAUUUUUUUUUUUAAAUUCUCAACUCUCAAUGGACAUGUUCAGUCCUAAAAACAAGCACCAAUAGAUUGAAUCUUAUCUCAAAAUUCUUCUUCACACAUCCAAAUACAUGUAUUUGUCAGAUUAUAUGUGGAGCAUCUUAUUGAGAUAUUAUGUACAAGUAACAGAAUGAGUUUAUGUGAAAUAUUUACAAGAUACUUGUACCGGUAUAUAUAUCAAAUUAUGUAGCCUUCAUAUAUGCUAUCAUAAUGCAUGCAAGAUUAAUAUAUGUAUUUAUUUUCUGUCACAUUUUCAUUUAUCAUUCGUCUCCUUUUUUAUAGAGAUUUGAUGAAGAAUCGUGUUCCUAGAAGAAAAAAAAUGUAACAUCGGAGUAAACUGGAAAACAUGACAAUAUAUUACCAUUUACGUUAUCAUUUUGCUGCAAUAAAACAUGAGAUAAAUGUACUACACGUAGAAUGUAAUGUUUGCGUGUAGCUUGUCUCUUUAUGUGCAUACAUUAUGAUAUGCCAAACUUUUUUUUCUUCUCCCAAGGAGAAUAUCAUGAAUGUCAGUAAUAAAGAAUUUUGUUCUUAACAAAAAGUUAAA